UUAGAAAAUUUGCGAUUCCUAAUUAAAUUCUUAGCAGUAUUGAGCAAAAACCAGGAUAUAAAUAAAAUGUCACCUCAAAACAUAGCAAUCGUAAUAGGUCCUAACUUGAUUUGGAGUCCACAAGAAGAUGUAAAUACAAUAGUGUGAAAUAGAUUUUGAUCGUGACUUAGAAAUUGGAAUAGUCAAUGGCUCGGAACCUCAAGUGAUUGGUAUGCGUCGUUGUGUUUCGAACAGUAGUCUGAGCGAUCAUGGUGAAAGUCCACCCCAAGGCAGUCCAAAGCCUGCGGCUCGUCGAAAAAAUAAGCCAGCACCAACGCCACCAAGUGGUACAACACCUGAUAAAAAUGAUAAAAAGUGUGAUGAUAAACCGCCUCCAGCUCCAGAUAAACCACCCAGACCUUUAAUGUCAGCUACACUUAACCGGGCAACAUACAAGGCACAAAAGCAUGAAGUAAAUACAGAAUUGCUGACUAGACAUGAAAAUAAUAUAGAAAAAGUUGACAAAAAUUCAGAUAUAGAAAUAAAACAUAUAGGUUUUGAAGGAAUAAUAGCUCAGGUAGAUAUUCAACCUGCAGACAACUGCGAAAAUAUUUCUGAAAUGAAUACUUCACAAUCUGAAUUGGCUAAGAAUAAUAUUGAUACAGAAAAAUAUAAACUAGAUACAUUAAAUGCGGAGUUGCAAAAGUCUGAAAAAAGAAAUGUUCCUGUUUCUCUUGAUAAAACCAUAAGUAGUGUAGAAAACAUUCAAAACAAGUCACCUAUAGAUAUUGACAAUUCGGAUGUUUCUUCGCCAAGACCUAAGCCAUUACCAACAGAAAAACCUGCUCCAUCUACAUUAGAAAGGAGAAGGCCAGUUGCUGCUCCUAGAAAUAUUACAAACAUAACGCAUAAUGCAGAUGAUACAGUCGAAUUACGUAAGAAGUCUGAUAGCAACAGUAUAACGAAUUUAAAUACAGGAGACAGGGGUAGUAAACCAGCAAUUCCAGAACGGCCUGCUGGUUUGGUUCGUCCGUCAAGCCUCAUAAGACAGCAGCCGCGUCAAAGUAAUGAAAAUUUAGACACCGAGUCUGGACCCCUUACUUUGGAAAGGGCACACAUGUACUCUGUGGACAAGCAACAGGUCAGUAUAAUACAAGUGCGUGGAAAUGGCAAUGCGUUCUGCAAUCCAGGGGAGAGCAAUGGCAACACAGCUUCGAACUUGCAGAGAAGUCCUAGUGUGGGUAGUCGACCUUCGUCUAUGUCUUUGUAUGGUGAACGACCAGAGAAACCUGCAAGACCAGAUGUCCCAGAUCAGGCUAAGGCACAUGCAAGGACUAAAUCUGAAGGCAACAUUAUUGAUGUUCAAACACAAACAGAGACUGUAGUUGUGCUUAAGUCACCACAACAACCUGUUCCAGCAUCUCCAAGAUUUCAUCAAAGGCCUCCUAGGCCACAACCGCCACCACCUCCGCCUCCUUCGACUCGGCCUAAAUCUGAACAGGAGAGUACCAAUCUCUAAAAAUUCUACACAAAAUGGUCUAUGUAAUUAUCGAUAAGCAAUUGAUGCAUCAUCGAUACUUUGUACGUAAUGAAAGGCGUUUUCACAUAGCACUAUGCUGUAUGUGAUUAAAAAAACUUUCUAUGAACUUUAAACGAAAUGUUUAUGUAACGCAUAACUCUUAAAAAAAAAAAAAAAAAAAAAAAAGAAAACAAAAAAAGAAAAAAAAAGAAAAAAGGAAAAAAAAAAGGAAAAAAAAAUAUUAUACCUGAUUUGCA